ACAGCCUCUAGCAAACUUUCCUCUUUAAUCAUUUUUAUGUUGACUUUCUCUUCCUUUACAGAUCUUACAGGUGAACAAGGUGAUGUCCAUCUUGUUUUAUGUGAUAUUUCUCACUUAUCUUCGUGGCAUCCAUUCUACCAACAUGGAUCAAAGGAGUUUGCCAGAAGAUUCUAUAAAUUCUCUUAUUAUUAAACUCAUUCAGGCAGACAUUUUAAAAAACAAGCUUUCUAAGCAGAUGGUAGAUAUUAAGGAAAACUAUCAAAACACAGUGCAGAAAGCAGACACUCAGCAAGACAUGGAUGGAGAUGAAAAUGUGAAAUCAGACUUCCAGCCAGUUAUCUCAAUAGAUACAGACCUCUUAAGGCAGCAAAGACGCUACAACUCACCCCGAGUCCUCUUGAGUGACAACACACCACUGGAACCACCUCCCCUGUACCUCAUGGAGGAUUAUAUUGGAAAUUCAGUGGUGGUGAACAGAACCUCCCGGCGGAAGAGGUAUGCAGAGCACAGGGGCCACCGAGGGGAAUAUUCCGUUUGUGACAGUGAAAGUUUAUGGGUCACGGACAAAUCUUCUGCGAUCGACAUUAGAGGACACCAGGUAACUGUUCUGGGAGAAAUUAAAACAGGCAACUCUCCAGUUAAGCAAUACUUUUAUGAAACAAGGUGUAAAGAAGCCAAACCUGUAAAAAACGGCUGCCGUGGCAUUGAUGACAAGCACUGGAAUUCCCAAUGCAAGACAUCCCAAACUUAUGUUAGAGCACUGACUUCAGAAAACAACAAACUGGUAGGCUGGAGAUGGAUAAGAAUAGACACCUCCUGUGUGUGUGCAUUAUCGAGGAAAAUAGGAAGAACAUAAAUAUGCAUCUCUUUGCUAUAUAAAUUAUU